ACGAGCUACCUUUGUGGUAAGAUUUUGUCCCCAAAUAAAAAGGAUUAAACUUAACGCAAUUGCGAUUGAUAAGGUACUUAUAUUUGGAAUGGUUGGUGCCUAAAAGUAUGGACAAUUAAUAGAAAUUAUUAGGAAAAUGAUUGCGUUCGCAUUUCCAAAUCCAAAAUUACCCAAGGAUGUUGCCACCCAGCGUGCGGAUUACAUGUCGAACCAAAUGGAUCCAGAAAAACCUACUGAAAGUCAACUCCAUGCCGAGGAUGCCGCUCUAGCAGUACAACCUUUAUCUGUUGCACCUAUGAUGUAUCCCAAUCAUGUGAUGCACAUGAUGUAUUUGAACCAAAUGGCUAAUCAAUUGGCAAGUUCCAAUAACAACAACGCCACCAACAUCCCCACAUCAUCACCAUUCAUGUUGUCGAUGCCGCCGAAUCAAAUGCUUGUUAUGCAUCCAAUGUUCGCAAUGCAGCCAACUUACCCACAAAAUGUUACCGUGGUCGACGAUAAGGCCAAACCAGUUGAACAUACUCAUGUUAAUAAAUAGAAAAAUAAUUUUUUGUUUUAAGUCAGGAAAGGAAAAUGUGUUUUGUGAUAUUUUGACUAUUAGGUAUUAAUAUUAUUUUUUUAAAUAUUUCAAUAAAAAGUUGAAUUCAUAUGCGGUGUAGUUCAAUCUUAACGAUUACUAAGGAAACGAAAGGCAGCUUUCCUUUAAAUCCCCUUAAGGAGUAACUGGAAAAAAUACU